UCUCUGUAGAAUCCAAAGAAGAAGAAGGAGGUUAUUCCAUCGGUGAGUGGACUACCGUUUAUAUAUUGCGUCUUAGCAGUAAAAUGUGAUAUUUAACACUAAAGGUAAACGGUUUAAACUAUUUUUUGGUUACGGGCUCGUCGACUGUUGCACAAGGAAGGAUAGAAAUGAGUGCACGUGCUCACUGAAGAGAAGUUGAGCUAACGUUAGCUAGCAGUUUCUCCUUCAGCUUCACCGUGAAACAUGUCAAGCUCCACCAAGCAGAGACAACCUCCGCAUAAAGUGACUGGGUGGAGUGCCAACAUGCAGAGUUUGGUAGUGCAGGCUCUCGCCAUGAGGCAGCUAGGAAGGUUAAACCCCCGCCAUCUGCUGGCUGCUGGAUAUGGACUGAGGCAGGCUGAAUGGUGUCCCAGGACCCUCCACACACGGCAGCUGUGGGGCUGCUCGGCCUUCCCUGCACUCGGCUGUCACAGUAGGCCGGCUUUCCGAUGCCGGGACGCUCUCAGGGGAUGGUCCGUCAAUCCUCUGAGGUUUAAAAGCCACAAGAAGAAAAGUGCGGCUAAGACAGUUAAAGAUGACGAGGAGGAAGAUGAGGAGGAAGAUAAAAAAGACCCAGAGGACAGUGAUUAUGAGGAGGAGGAGGAGGUGGAUGAGAAUCUACCAAAGGACUAUAAAGACAUUGAGAAACACGUGCAAUCCUUUCGCUAUGACGUCAUAAUGAAAGCCGGCCUGGACAUGGCGCGCAAUAAAAUUGAGGUGUCCUUCUAUGACAACAAGCUCAGGCUAAACGGACAAAAACUCAUCAAGAAAAGUAAAACGGUAAAAGUUGGGGACACGUUGGACCUGGUAAUAUCGGAGAACCGAGAAACUAACACUGUCACUCUGAUGAGAGUCUGCCUCCGGAGGGUUUUUGAAGAAAUGAGCACCACAGAAAAGUACAAAGUUGCCAUACGACGAUGGAAAAGUUUAGAUCUACCCAUAGAGGAGGCCUUCAAGCCAUGAACUUGAACAGGACAGUGUUGACUGAAACCAUUUGUCCAUGAAGGCAACAUCACCGGCAGAAGUGAAUGCGGUCAAAUGACUGGCAAUCUGCAACAUGUCGUAUCUCUAAUGGAUAACUACAGUGUAAUGUAAAGGUUUUUAGCGGGGGAAGACUUUAAGCAGUUUUCUCAGAGAAAUAUUUUUAGUGUUUAUGUUUCCCUGCUAUACUGUGAGACUCCUCCAAUAAAGGUGCACUUUGACACUUUGA